CCAUUGACAUCUACGAAUUGGCAAGUAGAAUUUGAAUUCAAGAUUGACGGUGUUAAUCCUAACCUCUAUGGUGACGGAAUGGCCGUAUGGUUUACCACAGACCGCGCAAAGCCUGGUCCUGUCUUUGGAUUCAUCGAUAAAUUUGAGGGUUUAGGCAUAUUCUUUGAUACAUAUGCAAACUCUAGGCACUCUCAUACCUUUCCUUAUGUAAUGGCCAUGAUGGGUGACGGAAACACCGAAUAUGAUCAUGCUAAUGAUGGUAAAGCAAACCAUAUUGCUGGAUGCGAAGCCGACAUACGUGGUAAAUCGGUUGCCACAAAAGCACGUAUCACGUAUUUCAAGAAUACCUACCUCGAGGUCAAAUUACAAUACAAGGCAUUGGAUCAAUGGGAACCAUGUUUUACUAUCCCUAAUGUUACGAUCCCAGCGGUCGCCUACCUUGGUUUCAGCGCAUUGACCGGUGAUGUUAGCGAUGCCCAUGAUAUCAUCAGUGUCACAACCAAUAAUAUCAUCGCCCUUCAACCACGAGUUCACAAGCCAAUCACACGACAACAAGAAUUAUCGGUUUCUAAUUGGUCUGGAUUUAUGUUUAUUCUCAAGAUUAUUGCUACAACCGCAUUUAUUGCUGUUUUAGUCUUGGUAUACAGGAUGUACAAAAGUCAGUCGAACAAAAGGUUUUAA